CUGCCAAAGAUGACAAAACCCUAGAUCUGACGGUUCAAGCCUCCCACAGAAGGACGAUAACAUAAAAUCCUACACUCUCCGCCUCUGUCUCCCGUCUUUUACACCUUCACAAACGCACACUUCACAAGAUCCAAAAUGCCUUUCAAGAGGUACGUGGAGAUCGGGCGGGUGGCACUUGUCAACUACGGGAAAGACUAUGGCAGGCUCGUUGUCAUCGUCGAUGUCCUCGAUCAGAACAGAGCUCUAGUUGAUGCCCCAGAUAUGAUUAGGACCCAAAUGAAUUUCAAGAGGUUGUCUCUAACUGACAUCAAGAUUGAGAUUAACCGGGUGCCCAGGAAGAAGAAUUUGAUUGAAGCUAUGGAGAAGGCUGAUGUUAAGAACAAGUGGGAGAACAGCUCUUGGGGUAGGAAGCUGAUUGUUCAGAAGAGAAGGGCGUCUCUUAAUGACUUUGAUAGAUUUAAAAUUAUGUUGGCAAAGAUCAAGAAAUCUGGAUUGGUGAAGCAGGAGCUUUCAAAACUGAAGAAAGAAAAUGCGUGUUAGGCAAUUAUUUAUAAGAACUUCCCAGUUUUGUUUGCAGUGUUCUUGAAAUGAUGAUGUUUUUGGAUCUUACUAUUUUUCUUGUGUAAUUUAGACUGCCAAACUGAGAUUUCAGCAAAAAAGAUAUUUUGUAACAAUAAUGAUGACCUAUACUGUCCUGUUGUUCUGACAUGGUUUUUCCUCUGCUAAUUGAUUUUUCAGCUUUGAAUUCC